CCGUCAGCAGCAGCAGCAGCAGCAGCAGGAAUUAUUGCGACUCAAAAUCACCGUCCGCUUUCACUUCCAGUGGCACAAUAAUGCCCUCUAAAUUAUGCCUGACUUUCAUUUUGAUCAUUUUAACGACAAACAGUUGUUCUUCCGACGACGAUCAUGAAAUGGAAGAGUUUUUGAAGCGGGAGUAUACUCUUUCUAAGCCCUAUCAAGGUGUGGGAUCUUCAGGCUCCUCCCACUGGGAGCUGAUGGGGGAUGCCAUGGUAACCACCGACCAGGUGCGCCUCACACCUGACAUGCAGAGCAAACAGGGGGCAGUGUGGAGCCGUACUCCAUGUCAUCUAAAGGACUGGGAGAUGCAGGUGCACUUUAAGAUUCAUGGGCAAGGAAAGAAGAACUUGAAUGGUGAUGGAUUGGCCAUUUGGUACACUAAAGAACGUAUGCAGAAAGGUCCUGUAUUUGGAAAUAUGGACAACUUCACUGGCUUGGGUGUUUUUGUGGACACUUAUCCCAAUGAGGAGAAGCACAUAGAGGCACAGAAGAAGAGAUAUGCUCCCCGCGCAGAGAGGAUCUUCCCCUUCGUCCUUGCCAUGGUUGGAAAUGGCAACAUCAGUUACGACCACGAGCGAGAUGGUCGGCCCACGGAGCUGGGCGGCUGCAACGCCAUGGUCCGCAACCUCAAGCAAGACACGUUCCUCUUCAUCCGAUACGUCCGCCGCAGGCUAACGGUAAUGAUAGAUAUCGACGGCCAGCACGAGUGGAGGGACUGCCUGGACAUACCUGGGGUGAGACUGCCGCAGGGCUUCUAUUUUGGAACGACAGCAAUCACUGGAGACCUCUCAGAUAACCAUGAUAUAAUUUCCUUGAAACUCUAUCAACUGACGGUGUUGCGGAGUCCAAAGGAAGAAGAGGAGGAAGAGGAGGAAAUAACAAUACCUAGUGUAGAUAACAUGGACCUCCUCAGAUUGGGCCAGAUUGAAGAAGGGAGGAGUGGAGUAGCGCUUUUCUUUACCGUACUCUUUACCAUGCUGGGUUGCAUCUUCCUCCUCGUCGUCGGUCUGGUGGUCUACAGCCAGUGGAAAGAGAGCCGACGCAAACGCUUCUACUGACGAACAUAAGGAAGGAUAUGGUGACUGUGAUGAAUGACUACUGUGGCCGGCAGACUCGAACAGCGACGAGACAAAACUGAGAUGUUGCCAUUGGUCAGUGGAGAGGCAGGCGGGCGAAUUUGACAUGGUAAUGGAGUACCUUCAGUUCAACCUGCUGCUCCUGGCUUUAUUUUACAUUCUGUCUUCCUUUUUUUUUCUGAAUACUCAGAGGUACCAGCGACAAUUGAGGUGUUGCUGGUACAUUUUGUCUUCAAACCAAGCCUGACAACACCAACUCAGCCUUACCACCCCCUUCCUCUGUGCUUGUUAUACAACAGAUACACAGCUUAUGAGCAGCUACUUGUACGUUUCAUUUUUUUGAGGUUUACUACAUUUGAAAACGGAUAUUUUCAAAUGUUUUUUGA